AAUCCACUCCCAUUAGAUACACACUUUACUUGCUAUAAUAAGACAGUGAUCUAACCAGGGCAAAAAAGAAGGUCCAAAGUGUGUCUGACACAUAAGCGUUUCUACCUCAGGACGGGAUACAUCAUCUAUAGACUGGCUUCAGGGCAAAAACAGGAUUUUAAAAUUGACUGGACACUAUUAAUAUCAUCAUGCCUGUGCCAUACACUGACGUAUCUAAGGAGAAAGAGCAACAGGAGCUGUGCUCGGACACAGAUGGAGCAUGUCUGAACCUGGGAAAGAAGAUCAGUGUUCCUCAGGAUCUCAUGAUGGAAGAGCUCAAUCUGCUGUCAAACAGAGGAUCUAUAAUGUUUCAGGAAAGACUCAAGAGAGUGGAGAGAUUCACCUUGGAGGGUAUAGCACACGGACACCUCAGUCACUUAGAGGAAAGCCUUCAAGGCCAGAACGCCAUGCAAGGAGAGAAAGGAAGCGAGAACUUCAACUCUGAAAUGUACAUCACCCAGCCUGGAAAAAACAACCUGGUCACCACACUCAAGCACACAGUAGCUAAGAAAGGAAACCCAAGCUUGCUUGCACCUGGUUAUGGGGGGCCUCUGAAAGAGGUUCCUCCUGAAAAGUUCAAUGUCACUGUGAUCCCCAAGUCUUACCAAUCACCCUGGGAGGAAAAGCCCAUUGACAGCGAAACACUGUUGACUACUAUAAGUACCCACCUGCCUGAGCCACCUUACAAACUCACCCCAGCCAACUACAAAUGUUUCAACAGAGCCCCUACACCAUUCGGUGGGACAGCAGGGACGGUGAGGACUCUGCCACUACCUGGUUUUGAGAUGCUGCAGGCUCGCACAGAGCCACACCUAACCUGGGACAGGAUGUGCCACCGGCCCAAUUUCAACCGUACGCCACAGGGCUGGAGAAUCCAGUACGCUACUGAGUCUCCCGAUUUGUGAAGCUGGUGAAUAUUGGCAAAAUAUACGAGGGGACUGAGUUUCUGAGGGAUAGCCAAUACUCUACUGUGAAUUGUGAGCUGAGCCAUCAAAUACCAAUUUAAAGUUUACAUACAUCUUCUAUUAAUAUGCUAUGAUACUGUUUACAUAAACUUUCACACAGUAUUUCAAAAUGUGAAGCAUCUUUAAUGUAACCACAAACUGCACAGCUGUACAUUAAAAAAAACAAAGUCUUAAAAACAA